AGAAGGCCCUUUGGGUGAAAUGCUUGAUGGAUGGAUCUGCUCUUGUGAGAAGGCGCCAGCUAACUGGGUCACACCAGCAUCACACCUCCUCUCACUGUGAGAACCAUUUCCUCCUCAAGUAGGCAACCAAACCGUUGUUGCAAAUAACCUGAACCUUUGUGGCCACCCAGAGCUCUCCUGGCUUUAUGCAACUCACGCAUGACACCAACACCAACGAUUUAAAAUCCACCCCACCCACCUUGGUUUCCUCAACUUUCUAUCUUUUAAUGCCCUGAGGCUGCUUAUAAAGAGAAGACAUGGCUUAGACCCCAGAAGGAGGCAGUGGCUGCAAGUCCCCAGUGUCAGCUCUGCUUGGCUACUGCUUGAUCUCACACUCUGCUGCCCAGCGACAUGGAGGUCCCCAAGACUGCCCUGGCUGUCCUGCUUCUCACCACGACACUCUGUUCCCAGACCUGCUCUUCCUUUUUUGGUGCCGACACCCCCACCUCCUGCUGCUUCGUCUAUAUCUCCCGGCAGAUUCCACGCAAAUUUGUGGUCGACUAUUAUGAGACCAGCAGCCAAUGCUCCAAGCCCGGUGUCAUCUUCCAAACCAAAAGAGGCCGGGAGAUCUGUGCUGACCCCAGGGAGGCCUGGGUCCAGGAAUACAUCACCAACCUGGAGCUGAAUGCCUGAGUGGCCUAGAAGCUACAAGAAAGGUGUUACAUCUAUGUGCAGACUGGGGGACAGUCACCUGAGCCAAGGCAAUGACCUUGGAACUCUGGAGGCACCUCUCUCCUAUGGGUCACACCCCCACCCCCAGCCACACGCUACAGCCCUUUUUAACUUUAAUUUUAGUUUUUGUAUCUUAUUUAACUUUUGUAAUUUAUUUCCAUUGUUGAAUUGUGUGAUGUAAUAAAUAUUUCUGCUGACAUCUCACAACAUCCUCUCCACCUCCCCACGACCCUCCCUUUUCUGUUCUCACACUCAAUAUGUGGAUCAGUCAGCAGAAUUGGCACUGUCUUGUAGCUGUUGUAUCAUAUAUAUCAAACAACAAAUGUUUACGGGGUGGUUUUGCCCAGCACGGCUCUUCAAAAUAUUGAAGGUCCUUAUAUAAAAGGUAAACCAGCAUUUUCCUUGUGAUGACUCCAUUGAUUGUGGUUUCCCAACUAAUCAGAGCCACAGGUUGAGAAGAAUACUGGGAGUGGGGGGAGUUUCGAGACCUCUGAAGAGGGACAGAAACCACAAGAAAGGGACAGAGUGCCAAUACUGUGGUGCCAGACACUUCCUGGAGAUACUUUCCUGGAAAGUUGAAACUGACUCAUUGUUUUAUCACCAAAUCAUAAUUGAUGCAAUCUAGGAAAUAUUUCUACUUAAAUGAAUACCAAGAUGACGCACACUGUGGUAUAUAUUAGUGCAUGUGAGUUCAUUUUCAUAAGUGAAGCUUUCUUCAGAAUGAUGGUUGAUGUCCAUUGAGGGCUUAGCAAGUGCUGGGGGAUUGGGAGCCUAUGUCAGUGACACUCUGGCAAACCUGCCUGCAAGGACUACCUACCUGCCAGCUGGCUGAGAGCCCUGAUCAGCUUCUCUGUUGUUCCACGCUCCACUUUCUGGGAGAAUAUCUCCAUAGCCAUAUCUGAGGGGAGGCUUGGUGGCUACAGUGAUCAGAAUUAUAAAUAAAACUACAGAAUGAAUAAUUUUUUAGUGUAUGUCCCAUGCAACCAAUAUUUGGGAUAUACUUAUAAAAAUUAUUCAUUGUAUAUCUGAAAUUCAAAUUUACCUAGGGAUCUUGUGUUUUAUCUGGGAACCCCACUUAGGGUGAAUACUUUUAUAGAGGCUGUCUAUUUCUUGCUGGAUAUAGAUGCCUAAGGGUUGGAUUAAGUUCAAAGCAGUGCUUUUCAACCUUGAUUUCAUGUUGGAAUCACUGGGGAAGGCUUUCUAAAACUGCAGUGUUAUGAGUUUAGUUCAGGUUUAGUUAGAUGGGGCUGGGCAUCAGUGAUUUUAAAACUCCCCUGGUGAUAUUAACACACAGUCAGUUUGAGAACCACUGUUGGGGUGUAGUCAUCAGCUGUUUGAGCCAGCCUUUGGGGUUUCAGAGUCAAUAUGGCUCCUUUCUAAUUUUUCAAGGCUUCUGAUCUGGUUUGGGUCACUUCCACUGGAUGGUUAUUUGGAUGCAGAGAAUCUGUCAGUCAAGGUCACUGCUAGAAGUGGGUUCAGAAUGCCCCUCUUGCAGCACAGCGCUAGUCUUCCCUUUUAGAGACACACCCUCUCCCCUGUGUCACUGACUUCUAUCUCCACAUUGCCCUCUGCUGCUGAAACAGUGCCAUCCAUGGGUAUGACCAACUCCCUGCCUCUGGCUGCAUCCUAGCUCUUUCUUCAUGAAGAAUAUGAUUGUUCAUUUUGUCCACAAGAUAAAUAUUUAAAAGGAGGAGGGGUUCUGCAAAGAGGAUGGAUCUGACUGUUUCUGGGCCCUACUUUUUCGUCCUUCCUAAUCUCCCAUCUUCCCAUUUCUGCUUAUACUAACAUCACCUUCCAGUGGAGGACUCUGCUUUUCUAGUCGGCAAGCUCCAGGUCACUGGUGUGCAAUCAGCUUGGUGUG